AUUGUAAAUUUUUAAGCAUGGCGGAGAGUGUGAAACGAUCACACGAUGAUGAGAAAGAAACCGGUGAUGCAGACGAAUGGAUUGGUCCUAUGCCAGAGGAGGCGGCCAAGCCAAAGAAGAGGAAAGUUUUGGAGUUUGAACAAGUGUAUCUCGACAGUUUGCCAUGUGCAGAAUCAUAUGAAAGGAGUUUUAUGCACAGGGAUGUUUUAACACACGUGGAAGCAGCAAGAACCGAGUUUGUGGUCACAAGCAGUGUGGAUGGACAUGUGAAGUUUUGGAAAAAGAAGGAAGAUGAAGGCAUAGAGUUUGUCAAGCAUUACAGAGGACAUUUGGGUUCUAUACUUGACAUGGCAGUAAGCCCUAAUGGGGAACUGUGCUGCACUAUUGCUGAUGACAAAACAUUGAAAGUGUUCGAUGUUAUCAACUUUGACAUGAUCAACAUGCUGAAGCUGAGUUAUGUUCCUCACUGCUGUAGUUGGAUCUAUGCAGCUGGAGAUGCUAUACCCGCCCUGGCUGUAUCAGAGAAAGGCAACAAAAUAUAUAUCUAUGAUGGAAGGGGGUCAGAUGUGCCUAUUGAAACACUGGAAAAAAUCCACUAUAAACAAGUAGUUGUAAUCAAGUACAACCCAGUGUAUGAGGUAGCAGUCUCAGCAGAUGAGAGUGGGAUGGUAGAGUACUGGACAGGACCAAAAUCUGACUACAACUUCCCAAAAAAUGUCAGCUGGGAGUAUAAGACCGACACAGAUUUGUACGAGUUUGCAAAGUGUCAGACUGUACCUACGGGGGUUACCUUUUCUCCAAAUGGGAAACUGAUGGCUACCAUUGCUAAAGACAGAAAAGUGAGAAUAUUUAAAUUUGCAACUGGUAAACUUUAUAAAGUACUUGAUGAAUCAUUGAAGACAUUUACAGAACUUCAGCAGACACGGCAGCAGCUACCAAACAUGGAAUUUGGUCGUAGAAUGGCCGUAGAGAGGGAUCUUGAAAAGUCUGAUGCCUUUUCACGUUGUAAUGUUUUGUUUGACUCAAGUGGAAACUUCAUUAUGUAUGGUACAAUGUUAGGAAUAAAAGUUAUAAAUCUCUACACCAACCAGUGUGUCAGGUUUAUAGGAAAACCAGAAAACAUUCGCUUCGUCCACCUGUCCCUGUUCCAAGGGUCCGUGAAGGGCACAAAGGCUGCUCUGUCUGCCGAGAUGGAGGCCUCGGACAACCCAUCAUUACAAGAAGUGAAAUCUGAUCCCACCCUUUUCUGCACUGCCUUUAAAAAGAAUAGGUUUUAUAUGUUUACAAGAAGAGAGCCAGAUUCUAAAAGUGCUGAUGCUGAGCGAGACAUAUUCAAUGAAAGACCCUCCAAAGAGGACAUCGUUGCUGCUACACAGGAUGCCUCAUAUACCAGAGUGGCCAGCACUGCUGUGAUCUAUACCACCAUGGGGGAUAUACAUAUAAAACUAUUUCCAAAAGAGUGUCCAAAAACAGUGGAAAACUUCUGUGUUCACAGUCGGAAUGGUUAUUACAAUGGGCACAUAUUUCACAGGGUCAUUAAAGGUUUUAUGAUUCAAACCGGGGAUCCUUUAGGCACUGGAACUGGGGGAGAGUCUAUAUGGGGAGGCGAGUUUGAAGAUGAGUUUCAUCCGUCAAUUCGCCAUGACCGCCCAUAUACACUUAGCAUGGCCAAUGCAGGAGCCAACACCAAUGGAUCUCAAUUCUUUGUCACAGUGGUGCCCACACCCUGGCUGGACAAUAAGCACACAGUGUUUGGCCGCGUGGUCAAGGGAAUGGAGGUGGUCCAGAAUAUCAGCAAUGUGAAGUGUAAUCCAAAGACAGAUAAACCACACGAUGAUGUGAGGAUCAUCAGUAUCUCCUGUAAAUAAACCCAUGUUGUCUUGCUGGGCGUGGAUGUCGGUUGAACUGCCGAUCUACAGGCUGUGACUUUACAAGAGAAUUUUGGACCAAAAGAUGUUCUCCUAGUCAUCACCCAAAGUACUUGUGGACUGUCAGCCAUGAUAAAUCGGGGGCAAUAGUAAAGUUCACUUUAUCAAAUAUUGCACUUCUUUUACCGAAUGAAAUAUUGCCCUAGUUUUGUACAAAAGAAUGGAAUUGUUUAAUAUGAUUUAGACCAACAGUUAAUAUAUUUUGUGGACUUUGAAAAGUGUAUCUAGUCCAGAACUUUUUGGUCUUUUAAACUUUUGGGCUUUACUUCUUUUAUGUGAAGUCAGCUCUCUAGGAGAGCUGGGAAGAAGUUGUAGUGCUGGAGUGGUUCAGUCACAUUGUUUUUUGAUUGGUUCAAGCGAGCAGUUUCAAGUAUCAUUUUAGUGCGAUUUUAGAUGAGCUGUCUUAGUCGCAGACAAAAGUUCAUUUAACUCAGGGCUAAAUGUAACAUCCUCUGUCAGGAUGAUUUCUGUGGGGAGUAUUAUAUACUGCUAGUGUGUGGAGUACAUUUGUUGU